AUGCUUCGAACAGGGUUCGGAUUCCGAACCUUAUACCUUUUGCCCUCCAUCAUUAUCUUAUUAUACCUCGCAUCGACGAGCUCAGCGACAUGUUACUUCCCCAAUGGCCAAAUCAGAAGCGAUUAUAUACAAUGCCCAGGUGCUCUAUCUUGCUGCUUAAAAGGCGAAUCAUGUUUAUCCAACGGUCUCUGUUUCGGAGCGAACCUUGGGGUUGUUUAUCGGGGGCUAUGCGCCGAUGAAUCGUGGCCGAUUGCCCUGUGUCCACGAGCUUGCUAUGAGGAAAUUGAUGACGGAUGGGCGAACCUCUUUCAGUGCAACACUUCUAAUACCCUGUGGACAUGUAGCCGUGAAAAUUCGAACCAAGUCGCCUGCCAACAGAAAAACGCACUGGGAACAUUCCACUAUACAUCCGCCAAUAUGACCGUCGCGCAGAAUGGCAUCCAAGUUUUCGAAAACUCGACGAGCAAUGCGACAUCGUGCGAUUCAGCAAAUCGGACACCCAGUCCCACACUGGUUAACUCGGCUGCCAGCAAUACUUGUCCUUCCACAGUUUCAUAUAACAAGACCCAGCUGGUGGCCAUUGGUGCGGGUUUAGGUGCUGGUCUUGGAAUACCUUUGUUAUCAGUGGGCGGGUUGUUAUUAUAUUGCAGUCAAGGGAAGCGCCGACAGAGGGGGAAGCUACAACAGCAGCAGCAGCAGCAGCCACAGUAUGAUUAUCAAUAUCAGGGGCAAACUUUGAUGAAGCAAAAUUCGAGUCGGGACCAGAAUCGCCAGAGCGGAAGCAAUUGGAAGCCCUCUGAGCUACGUGGCUCAUUUGCCGGCAAUGAGCUCGCGGGAUCAACGCAUGGCCGGUCGGAACUACCAGGUUCCUUUAAUAUGAUUUAA